UUUAGUCGAAAGUUAAACAUCGUUGCUUAAACAUCAACGAAAAUUAAAUAAUUAAAAUCAUUUAAAAUUAAAUAAUAAAAAAUUUUAAAAUUUAUUUUCAUGUAUUCACGUUAUUUCAAAAGAAUAAGAAGAAAAAUUUGUCAUUAAAUAAUUAUUUUAAGUAUAUUUUAUUGAUCAUAUAUUGAGAAAUGAAUAAUUAUUUAAAUAAAGACUGACAAAUAUUUUGUAACGAAAAAAAAAAAAUACAUUGAAAGACUGAAGGACAAUAAUAAUAAAAAUUUUGUUAUAAAUUAAAAAAGGAAUAAAAGUAGGAAGUGAUAAUGGAUCUUGUUUACAUGCCGGAAGUAUUGUCUUAUGGCUCAUUGAGAGCUCCAGUUUAUCGAGAUUAUGAACAACCCUGGAACCGUGAUUAUUUCAAUGAUGGAAAAAAUUCAUGUACAACAACUCGUUAUCAGCAGGAGCAAUAUCAUCAUCAAAUGCAAAAAUUAAAAGGUGAAAAAAAGGAGCAUUGUUAUUUGUGUAAAGAGAGUAAAAGAAGAACACUUGGUGCUUAUUUACGUGGUAAAUCUCGUACAACAUCAUGCAGUGAAAUUCAUGAGGAAAAAGAGGAAGAAAAUGAUGACGAUGAUGAUGAAGUUCAUGAACAACAAAAAGAUAAACAACAAAAUAAAGAAAUUCAUAAAAAUGAUAACAAAGAUAAUAUAAUCAAAGAGAAAAAUACUAAGACUGAUAAAAUUAAUAUUAAUUAAUUAAAUACAAGUUUAAAGGAUUUUAUUAUAAAUUUAAUGAUUAAACUAUUUUUAAAAUAUCAAUUUAUUCAAGUAUAAAUAAUAAUUGAUAUUAAUAAAUGAAAAUAUAUUUAUAAAUUAUGUGAAAAAAAAAGUUUUAAGAUUAGAUAAUAUAAUUUUAUAAAGUUUAAUGUAAUAUUAUGUAAAUUUAAAAUAUGUCAUUUGCAUCAAUGAUAAGAAAAGAAAUAUUAUUUUUCAAUUUCAUUUGGAAUAUUCUGCUGAUAUUUUUAUGAAGAGAUAAAAAUAUUUUUUAAGUUGUUAAUAUUUCUAUCAAGGCUAAAUGUCGAGACACACCCAACUGCUUUCAUUCGAAAAAAAAAAAUAAUAUACUCUUGGAUUAAUCAUAUGGUAUUUUUUUUUUUUGUGGUUUAAAUAAUUUGUAAAAUUUAUUUUUAGAAUUUUAAAAAUUCAUUAUUGCUUAUUUAUCUUGUAUUAUUCAAUUAUUAAUUUUUAUUUGAUUUUAUUUCAUUUUAUAUUGAUAAAAAGAGAAAUUAUAAAUUUAUAUAAUGUAUAAAAUUGAGUAACUGAUAGUACAAGUUAUUUUCACUUUUUUUUUAUUCAAAAAAAUUAUUAUAACGACUGAAUAAUUAAAUAACUGGAAGGAUUUAAU